AAACAUGUAAAACGCAACGAAGAAAAAACAGCUGCGAAUUAAAUCGUAGAAGAAGACGUAUUUACUGCACGUCCUCCUUUGUAAACAUGGAUGGGAAACAAACAUCAUACUGCAUAGUGGUGGAUAAAAAGAGCCAGAACAAAUUUAUCUGCUACACAAGGAGAAAAAACGGGAUGUUUGAUAUCAGGUGAGUAAGUGAGUGUGAUUGGGCUGUGAUGCAAAUUGACAAUGUUUAAAUCGUUGUGCUGCUGACUUAGAGAGGAAGUAAACAGUUUCAAUCAUCCAAUGAUUUAUCAUUACGAAAUAGAGAUGUUAUCAGUAGCCUACUCAAUACAGUGGUUGUCGGUUUCAUGAAGUAUGGCUGUUAUGUUGAAAAGAAAAAUGCAACCAUAGCGCGAAACGAAAGCAAAUGAUAUCAAAUUUGCGCUUAAUUUUUUUGCCUAUUAUUGACAGUCAAGGGUAUGUGUUCUAUAAGAGAACGAGUUUCCUUUAGUACUCCGUCUUAAAACUUUUUAGGACAUUAGGAGAAGCGCCUCCUAAUGUGAUACUGGCAUGUCUAACAAUGUCCUUAAUGCGUUGGCCAACUCUCGGAGUUGAUGCUACACGCAUGCGCAGAGCCGCCGAGAUCCACAUAGAUAGGUAGCGAGAUACGCUGUAACACCCGGCGACACCUGUCCUUUGAACCGACGCCGGAAAAGAGAAAGAUACAGGCUUUAAAAGUGGGUUUAAUCGGGUGGUUAAACUUGACAGCUUCAUAUUGCUCAUUUUUUAGAUGUGGUUUGGUUUAACUGCUUUCUGUCAAAGACGAAAGUAGCAUAGAGGUAAAAGGUGUAACACAAUAAUAAAUGUUUACUGCUCUGGUAAUUAAAAAAAGCUAAAUUAUUUCAGAUCCACUGAGAUCCAGCUGUACUAAAACUGAAAUUAUGACCCCAACACCUUAACCAGAGCAGUCUCAGUGUUGUGAUGAAGUUGUUUACAGUUGUUUACCGUCAGAAAGUUAUUUAACUGUUGAGAAAUUUCUUUUUAAUAACUUUAAACUUAAAUUUUCUUUGCAUUUUUUUAACCCAACAGAAACAAGACAUACAGUCAUUCAGAGAAAAAUAUUAGUGAGAACAAACAAACACCAAAAAUGGUGUCAUUCACAGAGAAGAAAGGAAAAUUGUCCAUGUAGCCUCUAUCAAAGCUGACCAUGUUUUAAAGUAAUGUGAAUAGAUUUUUAUUGGAUCCAUUUUUCCCACUUUUGGGAUGAUGAAAUGUUUUUAUCUGCUGCAGUUUGACAGACGCUGUUAAUGUUUGGAGCUCAGACUUCACCUCAGACACACUGGAGCAGUUCGUAAGUUUCCUCUGAAGACUCCUCAUCCUGUCUUGGUACAUCAGUGAAGGUUCUGAUAUAAAAUGUCUGCUUGUUGUGACUACUCUUUUUUUUGUUUUAGAUAAACAAGUUUUCCCUGAAGUCAACGGAUGAUUUCUUCCCUAAAAUCAGGUGAGAUCACAUUUACGCAAUAAUUCAGGAAAACACCUGUACAUUAAUGUUCACUGCUUACAUAGACACUUGAAAGACAAAACCGGACAUGCUUUUAUAGGGUUCUUCGUGUCACCUCUGCCAGAAUCCAAUGAUUCAAAAAGGGCUGUCAUUGUGACGGCAUGUUAAACUGACACAGUUUGACCCGGACAACUCAUAAAAUCUAAAAUCAGUUUCAAAAGAGGAAGAGGAACUCACUUGAACUCACCUCAGCUCAACUCAAGUGAGAAACAAAUGAAUCACUUGAGGGAGUGAUUCGGUUCAGAACGUUCACUUAAAAGAUUUGGUUCUUUUGAACGAAUUGUUCGCGAUUGACACAACACUAAUGAGAGCUAAAAAUUAGUUUAGCCACAUCCAACAUUUAAGGGCGGGGGGAGUUUGAAAGACUCAAAUGAACAAAAUCAAAUAACUUAAUUGAUUCUAAUAAUUGUAAUAUAAAUAACUGAUUAUGUGAACUAAUUGUGAUAAACAUUUUGGUGACACGAUGAAGUGUCACCUUGAUUCAUUUCUAACUUUAAUAUGUUAAUGAUGGAUCGAUGAUUGAUUAUGAAGGCUGAUUAUCACUCUUUUGUUUCCUCAGGUCGGGCUGUAGUCGUGGUGACGUGUCUGUUGUGGUUCAUGAUUCCACUGCGGACCUCUGUAUGGGCUCUGGUCUAGCUGACCUUAGAGUGACCUUAAACAGUCUGGAGGGUACACAAGCUAAAGAUGAGCUAAAGGAGCUGCUGUUCAAGAUGGCCGACAACCUUAUACAGACUGACAGUGAAUGUACGAAUGACUAGGAUUUCUUUGUAUAGGAAAUACAGAAGUACAGAAAUUGCCUCUUUGCUGACUGUUUUGUUAUAAACUACAGGUGUGUCCCCUUCCAUCAGUCCGGUAAAAAACAUUCAGAGGAAGCACACAGGUAUGUUUUUAUGUGUACUAAGUCAUUACCAGUUUAAAUUUUGAUCAUGUCAGAACAGCAGGUGCUUAAAAUGUUAAAUCAGUCCUUUGCAGCAUACACUAUAGAGGAACUACGGCACAUGUGUAUUCAGCUUGUUCUUGAUUCAACAGAGAUGGUAAAUCUUGAACUGAGUGGCGAUUCAAGAAACCUCUAAGCGAUAAAAUAUCCACAUACGUCCUAAAAAGAUUCAACAAGCUUGACUUACCAUCUUAGCUCCAAAGUCCACUUUCAUCUUGUCGCAGAUCAUGAUGAUGGUGUUGUUGUCAGCUCUGGUUGUUCGCUCACUGGAAUGAAAUUCUCUUCUCAGGCUUCGAGCCCAGGCAGCAGAAUGGGGCUUCAUCAGGGAUACUAAAGAAACGAGUCCCAGGAGCUUCGCUCAUCAACCCUGGAGCUAAAAAGUACAAAACACCCUGUUCCAACCCUCUGACUCGUGAUUAUUCCCACCCAUGUGAAAGUAAAACUAACUUCUCUUGACAUGUUUUUACAGAAAAAUGAAAGCAACUGGUGUGGCCUUCGAUGAUGCAGACGAGGACUGACCCUUUUAGACUACACUUUUCCUCACAUUACUACUACAAAACCAACACUGGAUGUAAUUUUGAUCUAUCAUGGUAACUUUAUGAAUUUUAGCAAAUAUUAGAAACUCUUAAUGUAUGAUGUCAAUCUCAGUGAAACUUCAACACUUGUUUUAACUGUAUUUUAAUGGGACUAACAUGAAUUUGUCAUUCCUCAUUUAACUCCUGAUUAAUGCUGACAUUUUAAUGAUACGAAGGUUUUUUAAAUGAAUUAAAUAAAAAUCAAACACUUCACAAAGUUCUGUACUUCAGUAUGUGUGUGCCAAGCAUCUGUUUGAUAACCGAGUUUGAUAAGUUACACAUUAUUGGAAUAUUUAUCAUUAAAGAUUGUGAUUUCUUCCAAAAGAAAUUGACUAUAACAAUCAA